AUGAAGCCCGGCUCCACCGCCAUUGCCGCCGCUGCAUUCUCGUCUUCUGACUGCCCCCACGUAAUUGCCGCCACGGAGACUCACGGAGGAGCGGGAGGGGGUGAGGAGGAGGACAAGAGCUCAGUGCUGAGCGAGGUCAAGAAGCAGCUGCGCCUCGCCUGCCCGCUCGUCGCCGGAUGCCUCCUGCAGUACGUCGUCCAGAUGGUCUCCGUCAUGUUCGUCGGACACCUCGGCAAGGUCGAGCUUGCCGGCGCCGCCGUGGCCACCUCCUUCGCCGGCGUCACCGGCUUCAGCCUGCUGACAGGCAUCGCAUGCAGCCUGGACACGCUGUGCGGGCAGGCCUUCGGCGCGGGUCAGCACCACCUGCUCGGCGUCUACAAGCAGCGGGCAAUGCUGGUGGUCACCCUGGUGAGCGUCCCGGUGGCGGCGACCUGGGUCUGCGCCGGCGAGCUCCUCGCGCGGUGCGGCCAGGACCCGGAGGUCGCCGCGGCCGCGGGGCGCUACAUCCGGUGCCUCAUCCCGGCGCUGUUCCUGUUCGGCCCACUGCAGUGCCACGCCCGGUUCCUGCAGACGCAGAACGCUGUCGUGCCGGUGAUGCUCAGCUCCGGCGCCGCCGCCGCAGCCCACCCGGCCGUCUGCUGGCUGCUGGUGCGCAGGCUCGGCCUGGGUAGCCGCGGCGCCGCGCUAGCGGAGGGCGCCUCCUACCUGGCCAACCUGUCCUUCCUGGCGCUUUACGUCAGGCAGUCGCCGGCCUGCAAGAACACCCGGGCGGGGUUCUCCCCGGAGGCACUCCGCGGCAUCCCCGGCUUCUUGAAACUCGCCGUGCCGUCCGCUGCCAUGGUCGGCAUAGGGUGGUGGGCGUUUGAGAUCCUGAUGCUGCUCUCCGGUCUUCUCCCGAACCCUAAGCUUGAUGCGGCUGUGCUAUCCAUCUGCUUCAACACCAACUCCUUGGCGUUCAUGGUCGCAACUGGACUUGGUGCUGCCGUAAGCACACGUGUUUCGAACGAGCUUGGCGCUGGGCGGCCACAGGCGGCCCGCCUGGCAACCAGGGCGGUCAAGUUCCUAGCGCUCUGCAUAGGCGUGUCAGAAGGGCUUGUGGUGGUGCUGCUGCGCAACAUCUGGGGGCGUGCUUACAGCAACGACAGGGAAGUAACCAAGUACACGACCAGAAUGAUGCCCCUUGUAGCAGCGUCCAUCAUGCUUGAUUGCCAGCAGUCCUCACUUUCAGGUGUUGUCAGGGGCUGUGGUGAGCAGAAGAUAGGUGCUUCCGUCAACCUUGCAGCCUAUUAUCUUGUUGGAAUCCCCGCGGCAGCCAUUUUCGCUUUUAUCUGCCAUCUUGAAGGAAUGGGGCUUUGGUUAGGGCUGUUGUGUGGGCUGGUGGUGCAGAUAUUCUUGCUUCUAUCCAUUACAUUGCGUAUCAACUGGGACAAAGAAGCAUUGAAGGCAAAUGAUCGAGUGUCUAUUUCUACUCUUCCUUUUGACAUGACAUCAAGAGAUUCCAUUAACCAAACAAACUAACGCAUCUUUGGGGCUGUUGAAUGACCUUUAUGGAGAUUCGGCAUAUCACGAAGAGUUCUUGUUUGAUCAAGAAAGGUUCCUCUCCCUUCUUUCCAAGACUAGUUGCUGUUUCGCCUGCCAGUGGAUUCAUAUCUUCUCUACUUGAGGACAGCCGUGAAGGAUUGGUGCUGGUGCAAGUAAGAUGGCAUGGAUUACCAUUGAAGUCUUGAUUCUGUUGGUAGUCAACGUAUCAGAGUGGUUUACUAUGUUUAAAGAUGCAGAUCAAGUUUUCGGAUGGUGUUGCUCCUUUUUCAGCGGACAUGCCAUUGCUAUGUUUCUAAAACUUCUCUUUUUCCGGUUUUAUUACAUUACUAUUCCAAUGGUA